AUGCAAAUUUUCAAAAGAUUUAUUGCAGUAUUACCUCUACGUAAACCAUCAUCAAUUAAAGAUUUGCCAAUAAAUAAAGAUGUGGAAUUAGUAGCACAACCAUAUUUACCUUAUAAGAUACCAUAUAAUAAACUGAAAACUCCUGUUUUAUUUAUUCAUGAUUUCCUAGGGUCAAAAUCAAAUUUAAAAUCAAUUGGUCAAGAAAUUUGUAAAUACACAUUACAUCCAGCUUGGGGAAUAGAUCUACGUUGUCAUAAUAAAUCUCCCAAUGUCUUUCCGUUCAAUUAUAAUCAGUUAGCAAAUGACGUCAUAAAAUUCAUAGAGGAGAAUAAAUGGAAGAAAUGUAUUUUGGUAGGUGAUUCAACUUUAGGUGGGAAAGUAGCAAUGACAACCGCCUUAAAAGCAAAUAAUUUAAUUGAAAGACUUAUUGUCCUCAACGCAUUUCCAAAAGUUUAUAAAUCAGACGCAACUUAUAAAAAUGCAGUUAUUACCAUGGCUGAAAUCGAAUCAAAUCCACAAAUGUACAAGAGGGAUGUAGAUAAUUUUAAGCGAGUGCUUGAAAUCACUGGUGUUGAUAAAUUAAUGCAGAUGAAUGAUGUUACUGGUGAUUUACUUAGUAAAAUAAGGUGUAAUUUAUGCUACAAACUUAAGGAUUUUGAAGAUAUACCAAAAGAUCAAUAUACAAUGGAAGCAUAUAAAGUACCAGUAAUGAAUUUUGUAAAGCAUAAUAUUGUAAAUGAAUUAGAUAACUGGCCUGAAGCUGAACUUGAGGGGAAGAAAUUUGAUGGUCCAGUUUUUGUUAUACAUCGUGACAAAAAACCAAAUAAGGGAGAAUGGUUGAAAUAUUUUACAGAUUUAAAAUUCAAACAUUAUAAUUUUGAAGGAUUAUAUCCAUUAUUAUUGGAGCCUCAGAAUGCUAUAUUGAAAAAGUUGACUAAGUUCAUUAAUCCAGAUUCUGACAAGGUGGUAAUUGUAGAAAAAAUGACAAAGAGACAGAGGAAAGAACGUAAGAAGGCUCAAAAAAAAGAAAAGAGAAUGAUGUUGUUGGAGAAAAUUAAAAGGAGAAAAGAAUUGGAAGCAAUUAGAGGAAUAUAUUCCGACGAAGAUCUUGAUAGAAAAGUAAAGUAUCUUGUUGAAGAUGAGGAUGAUCAUGUGUUGAUAAAUAGAUCAAAGAGUGGUGGUAAUGAUGAAAAAAUGAAAUAUAAUGAAAGGAGAGGGAAACGUGAUUCUGGAUCAAAAUGGAAUAAUAAUGAAAGAGACGAUAAUGAUCGUAGAUCAAGCAUUGAUAAUCAGUAUACACUUGACAGAGUUGAUAGACCAAAAUUCAACAAACACGAAAAAGGAGACAAAAAUGAAAGAUCAAAAUACAACCCACAAAGAGAUAGAAUUGAUAAAAGACUAAAAGAUAAUAAUUAUUAUUCAAGAGAAAGAUAUGAUGUCAAACCCAAAUAUAGAAACGACUAUGCAAGAGAAAGACAUGAUGAUGAAAGAAUUCCAAGAGAAAGACAUAAUGAUAAAUCAAAAUUUAGAUCCGACCAUACAAGAGAAAGAAAUUACAAUGAAGAAGAAUCAAGAGAUAACAGAUCACAGUUCAAGCAUUACGAAAGAGACUUUCAUGAUGAAGAGCAACCAAGGUAUACUAGACCAAGAUACUACACGAAUGAUAGAAAUGACAAAAGAGACUUUCAUGAUGAGCAACAACCUAGAUAUUCUAAACCAAGAUACUACACGAAUGAUAGAAAUGACAAAAGAGACUUUUAUGAUGAGAAACAACCAAGGUAUUCUAAACCAAGACAUAACUGGAAUGAUAGAACUGAUAAAAGAGAUCCGAGAAAUUCGAGAUCAAACUUCAAAACAUAUUACACAAGCGACAGAAAUGACAGGAGACACUAG